CGGCUCUGUUCGUAAAAAUCAAUUGAUGGUGGUUUCUCUAAUUUUCCGGUAAGCUCGGGUCUUUUCUGCAUCGCGGCAAGAUGGGUAUCUCCCGAGAUCAUUGGCAUAAACGGCGAGCCACUGGUGGAAAGAGGAAGCCCAUCCGUAAGAAGAGGAAAUUUGAAUUAGGACGUCCAGCUGCAAACACCAAGCUUGGACCACAGCGAAUUCAUACUGUCCGUACACGUGGAGGUAAUAAAAAGUAUAGAGCCCUUAGAUUGGAUACAGGAAAUUUCUCUUGGGGCUCUGAGUGCAGUACUAGGAAAACUCGUAUCAUUGACGUUGUUUAUAAUGCAUCAAAUAACGAGCUGGUACGAACCAAGACUCUGGUAAAGAAUGCCAUUGUUACGAUCGAUGCCACGCCAUUUAGGCAAUGGUACGAGAGUUAUUAUGUGCUACCACUGGGUCGCAAAAGAGGCGCUAAGCUGACGGAAGCAGAGGAGGAAGUAUUGAAUAAAAAGCGUUCUAAGAAAACAGAGUCCAAAUACAAAGCCAGACAACGAUUUGCCAAGGUUGAGCCUGCCUUAGAAGAGCAAUUUGCAACAGGACGCGUUCUUGCUUGUAUAGCAAGCAGGCCUGGUCAAUGUGGUAGAGCUGAUGGUUACAUCCUCGAAGGCAAGGAACUUGAGUUUUACAUGAGAAAGAUUAAGAGUAAAAAAGCUAAAUAAACAUAAUUAUGAUCCAUUAAUAAAAAAAGAUCUUGAAAUAUAAAUGGAACCAUCUUGAACCUGUUAUUUAUUAUUUGUUUUCGAGUGAAGGUAAAAAAAGACUCGCCAAGCUCGAUAAAUAAAUCCGUCUUUUUGAAA